AUCAAAUUUAUUUUAUUACAGGAAUCGUUUCGUUUUGCAUAUUACCUCGAACGAAAAACUCAUGCCAAAUAGUUGAAGUUGUAAUUAUUUCAUCUUGAAUAAAUCAAUUGACGGAAUGGUUAUACAAGCAGAGCCACCCCACCAAAAGUGAUUACAUAAUUCCUUAGUCUUCAAACAAUAUUCGCAUAAAUGCAUAUCCCAUUUAAUCAAUAAUACACUAUAACUCAAUGUUAGGCUUUUACGAUUUUCUCGAUUCCGCAACAUGUCCUCAGUAAACCGAAAGCAACCAUGGCUUUAAAUGCGCCAGCGCACUCCUACUCGAGAGAGCCCGAUAUCCGACUAGAGGACUAUCUCGACGAUAAGCUCCAGUCCACUACCGAUUUCGAGAGCCUCGACAACCUACUUGCAAGCGUCGAGAUCCAGCGCAACCAGCUGCAAACCCAGCUCGAUGAUGCCACCAAGGAGCUCCAAGAUGCCCGACGCGCAGCUGAAGACCGGCAGGGUGGACUCGCUAAGUCGAUUGACGAGUUCUACCAACUCCAGGAAAGCAUCGACGUUCGCAUGAAGAUCGUCGCCGAGUCGACCGCCCCCGACGAAGCCAUCCGCCGUCUCGAACAACCGAUGAAGCAGCUCCAUAAGGUGGAGCUCGCUUAUCAAUAUGUGUCGCUACUACAAGACGUCGAGAACCUACGGCUAGAGGCGCGUUCACACCUCCCACAGAACCCGAAGGCUGCGCUGCAGUCCUACUCCAGACUGAAGAAGCUAAGCAUCCGUCUACGAGAGCUACAAAGGGCGGCAGAUGAGGCCGCCACUCACCUGGUAAACUACGUCGAGAAAAUCACAGAGGAGCUUUGGCAGGAGAUGAAGAAUACGAUGUCAGCGGAACUAGAGAAUAUCCUUAAGAAACGCGAUUGGCCCCAGGGAGUCGAUACGAACGCCGAAAUGGAUGGCGAGUGGCUUCAAUGCUUCGAGAAGCUUGUCGAUCUACAAGUACCCGAAAUACUCUAUUCCGAGGGCAUCGUUACGCUGUUACCUAUCGAAGUAAUGGCGAAGCCUUUCGUGCAGUGGUUCCAAUUUCAGUUUAUGGGCAAUAAUGCGACCAGCAACCCUCACGCAUUCGGAACCUUCUGCAUUCCCCAAUUCAUUGCGCUGAUUGAUAAAUGGGAGGGCUUCUUCCGGGAUAAUAUGGGUUAUAUCUUAUCAUCUCGAUUUCUAAAGACCAAGGUGGGGGGCUUGUCAGUUUACCUGGAUCCUGCUUGUGCUCUGAUCACAGCAUUAUUACCUGUGAUGAGGGAGAAGGUGAAUGCUAUGGUCCAGCAUGGACUGCAGAACCCGCAAUUCUUGAGCAGUCUUAUAGUACAAUUAAUGGAUUUAGAUGACGAGAUACGCUCCAGAUUCAACUAUGAUGGUGGCGACCCGGAAAAAGGCUGGGCUGGUCUAACAUCGGAAGUACUGGAAAAACAUUUUGAUGAUUGGUUCAAGGCGGAGAAGGACUUUGCUCUUGAGCGCUACCAUGUCAUAAUGAACUCCCUCGACGCCCGAAACAUCGACUACGACUACAGCGGGGUUGGAAAGAUGAAACCUACAUUUGGCGCCGUGAGAGUAACGGAUUUGCUAAGAUCCGUCACCUCUCAAUACGAAAGAGUGCGCAGGUUCUCUCACAAGCUCCGAUUUCUGAUCGAUAUCCAGCUUGAGAUUUUGGAUGACUAUCAUGACCGCUUCAAGGAUUCCUUGGACACUUACUAUACGAUCAACUCGACAUUAGGCCGAACUCUUCAUGGGCUAACAAAAGAACAAGCCGCUGCAUUGGAAGGCACAGGCGCAUUUGAGACACUUUGUAAAGUGUUGGGUAGCUCUGACCAUAUAAUUGCUACCUUGAAAGAUUGGAGUAAUGAAGAGUUCUUCGUCACGCUUUGGGAUCAACUUCAAACUAGGGCUAAGAGGAGCCACGGUGACGGCGAUAUUGCUAGCGGAAUGAGUUACGAGGAUGUUAAGGACAAAACUUCUUCAGUCGUAGGCUCGGAUGGUGAUGGUGGCAUAUUGUUUGAUGAGACUAUCUCGGCAUACACCCACCGUCGCAAGGCCGCCGAGGAAUACCUUGUUUCAGCUCUGAAUGAUUCGCAUCAGAAAGCAUUCCGGCCCUAUUUCACUAAGGCUCACUGGACUACCAUUAGUGACAAUACUCACGUCGAAGCCUCCCAGCUCUCCUUAACCCCGGAGCUAGAUGAACCUCUUAAGAUACUGAAGCGAAACCUGGCUUUCCUCUCUACCGCAUUGAGUACAGCAGUCUAUCGCCGAAUAUGGCGAGAGUCGCUUGAGAAACUGCAGGAUUUACUCUGGACCAAUGUUCUCAUGACGCAGAAUUUCACAACACUCGGUGCCGCCCAGUUUGUUAGGGAUCUGGACGCAAUCACCUCUCUCAUAACCCGACACAUUCCAGACGGCUCCGCAGCAUUUAGCACGCUGCAAGACGGCUUGCAACUACUAAACCUGCCCCUAGAAGCCAAGGACGGAGGCGUGUCUCUCCAGCAAGCCAGCGACCUCGUCUUCACAGAUAACACAGAAGCCAAGAAGCUCCUAUCCGAGCUAGGGUUGGAAUCCCUCACGCCAGCCAACGCGAGAAAGAUUCUACAAAGGCGAGUCGAGAAUAGCGAAUAAAGAAUCGUGUAAUUUUUGCCUGUCUAUCACAGGCCCCUAAUCUAUUGCAAUUUUGCGCCCAUGCGCAACCCACAUCUGAUGUGUUGAAUUGCUCUUUAAUAAUAAUAAAAUCUAUUCCCGCGAGCCCCCUCCCC